AUGACAGAGCAUCCAAUUUACAAUACAUGUAAACUUGGUUUCUCAAUCAAAAAUUAGCCAUCACCAACACCGAAUUGCUCACCACACAAAUCUUCGAUGAUCUCAAAAAACAAUGCGAAUUACAAAUCGAAAUCCUCCAAUCCUCCCCAGAAUUCCAAGAAACCAAACAAUUGAUACAGUCCUUCUAUGCUCAAGCACACAGAAUCAACUUGAAAAUCAAAAAAAAAACAGAACCUCGUCCCCAAUUCUAGGACAGAAUCAAAUACUAGAAAGUCAAAGAGGACGAAGAAGUCGAAAAAAACAGAGAAAUAUUGAUAGAAGUCAAAAAGAAACUACUCUGCGUUAUUAGAAUAUCCAAAGCCAUUCCCUUCGUCAUCAAUUUCAUCAAAACCUAAAAUGUGAGGGACAAACAAUACAAACUCACCUUAAUGGUCGAAGAUGCCUUGCUAGACGGUAUCAACUGGUAUCUUAUGCUCCACAACAUCAAAGAUUCCUAGUGGAAUAAGGAAUUGCCAUAGGAAUGCAAACUAAAGGAAAUUCUCCACUAAUUACUCACCAUCAUUUGGCAAUAGAGACAGGACUUGAAGAACGAAUUAAACGAAAUCUUCUUUAGAUUGAAAAAGACUCAACUUAUCAAAUUGUUGGACAAGUAAGGGGAGUUAUGUGAAAACAACGAUGAAUUCACACAAUAAUCUACCAAAAUUUUAAAACAAUUACAAGAAUUUUGCAAUGGACUUGAAACCAUCAAACUAUCACCCAAUAAAGCAAAUGGAUUGUAUUACUUAUAAAGGAUCUUACUAUCAUAUUGUUGGGUCAAACAAAUUGAACUAUCAGAAAUUCUUUAUCACACCAGAAUUGCAGGUAGACUAGAUAAGUUAAAAUAAGACAAGGAUCACAGCAAUGUCAUUAGACUAAGAUAGAAAAUCACAUUCUUAAGAUUCGUAUAUCGAAUUCCUGCUGUGAAAGUGUGGUGUGAAUAAAAUCAGAUCAUCCCUUUUGAAAUGCAAUCAAAUAUCCCCCAAUACCUUCAAGAAGAAUACGAUCAAUUCAUGAGUGACAAAAGAGAAAAACUCUUCUCUGAUACUAAAGAAGAUUAUUUCAUAGAAUCCCAAUUGAAAUUUCUGGUCAAGAACUUUCACCUUUACAAAAAUAAAAUCAGAGUCAUAUUCAACGACUUAAGAUUCAUUUAGAAUAAACAAGAAAUCUAUGAACUAUAUAAAGAGUAUGUCUACGAUGGUGACAUUGAUAAGGUUUAGAAUCUACAAUUCUAAAAACAAUAGAAGGAUAUCAUUAUCGCAUGUUGCAUACGAAAUUUAGAAAUCAAACUCUCAAAUGAAGAUUUCACAAAGUCAGUUUUCCCUCUUGUUAAAUUCAAUUUCCUAUUAAAAAAGGAGAAACACUUUCAAUUCCAGUAAUCCUCAUAUGAUAAGUCUUAUUACUCCUUUUUAGCCAAGCCUUCCAUUGUUAAGAUAUUUCUCAUUGACAUCUUGGCUCUAGAAUAGCCAUUUCCCUAUAUUUUUGAAUUCAUCUAUUAUGAAGACGGGAAGUUACAGCAAUCUAUGAAAAGCACUACUCUCUAAGGCUAAUUCUUUUAUUGUCCCCAAGUGAGAGAACAUUUAUCCAAGCGAUAUCAAUUUAAUAUCAAGUUAAUUGAAAAUGAAAAUAGAGUGACCUUUACUUAUCUACCAACUAUUCACUAUGAUUAUGUUAAACCAGCUGCAACCGUUUUAUGGGAAGACAUACUAUUAUAAGACCUCAAACUCAUUGAAUUCCAUAGACAUUAACUAGUAGACGAAAUCAAUUUUAUGGUUCACAGUCAUCAAUUCUAGACAAUCAAACAAUAAAUAUAACAAGAAUCAAAGUAUUUUAGUGAUCAUCUCAAAAUUAUGAAUGAGCUUGAAGUAUUUUGUAAUUUGAAUUACAAUGGUAAGAAGUUAAGAUGUAUAUGA